CACCUUCAAGGAUCCUUCCAUAGCAGGUAUUGUUGAAGUGAAAAAACCUUAAACUUUAUUGAUGUAAAGAUGGUAGUUUUACUACUGAAACGCCACCGCUACGUGACCACACUCGUGAGCUCCAUCAUCUUGUUACUUCUGUACUUUCAAAACUCUGUGUUGAUUUUAUCUGAGAGAUCUCCUUGUGCUUGCCACAUCUGCGUUUCGGACAGAAGAAAAAGUGACUGGUUUAGAGAGCGAUACAACCCCAACGUACCACUUCUGCUUAACAGCACCAACAGUGUAUUGCAUGCAGACGUCUCCAGGUGGUGGAAGGGUCUACAAACCGUACCAAAUACCAGCAGUUACACAAAGGUGAUGGAUCAGCUGUUUUCCCUCUUCCCCGACAAACAUCACUACUCAGACGCCGGUCCAGACCGCUGCAGAACCUGUGCUGUGGUGGGAAACUCUGGGAACCUUCUGGGAUCCAAUUAUGGGCCCCGCAUAGAUUUCCAUGACUUUGUCAUAAGGAUAAAUAAAGGCCCGACAAAAGGUUAUGAGAAGGAUGUGGGAUUAAAGACGACUCACCGAAUUAUGUAUCCUGAAAGCGCUGUGGACUUGGACGACUCCACCCAUCUGGUGCUUUUUCCUUUUAAGAUUCUGGACAUUGAGUGGCUCAUUAGUGCCUUCUCCAGUAAAACCAUAAUUCAAACAUAUUCCAAAGUCCCAUCUACAAUCAAAGCAAACAAGGACAAGGUGAUGGUUCUUCACCCAGCAUUCAUAAGAUACGUCUUUGAUAACUGGGCAGAAGGCCAUGGCAGAUAUCCAUCCACUGGUUUCUUAACUCUGAUAUUCGCUCUUCACAUCUGUGAUGAGGUGAAUGUAUUUGGGUUUGGAGCUACCAGUGGUGGAAUCUGGCAUCAUUAUUUUGAAAAAACAUUGACUUCCUAUCAAGGUGUUCACGCUGGAAAAUUUGAAAAUGAAAUAAUCAGUCAGCUCCAAAAGAUAAACAAGAUUCUGGUUCACAGGGGUUGGACAUGAAGCAGAAACAAUAGUACUGCACAAUAUUACACUGAAAUUUUGAAUACUGCAUUUCGCAAAUUCCUGCAGCAAAGAUUUUCCUUUCAAGAGAUCAACUCUUCUAUGUUUAAUUUGAGCUCCUCUAGUGGCACUAAAUGAAACUAUGG